UUCUCGUGUGCUGUCCCCUCGUAUCAUUGAUGAGAGACCAGGUAGAGAGAGCAAAUGCGACUAAAGGUGUUACAGCAGCAUAUACAGGGGUCAGGAUGAUGAACAACUCCAUAAAAAGGCAUUUAGAAAGUGGUUUGGAGAACUUGGAGAGCUGAGAUCCUUCUUUCCAGAAGCAACACUACUUGCACUGAGUGCAAC